GAAGCGCGAGCAGAGAAGGAACAGACAGGCAGGAGAGAACAUGGACUCCUAGCUGCGCUCGGCGCGUUUUUUUUUGAGGGGGGGGGACCUUUAUUCUGCAGACCGUGAAGUCCGCUUUUGGUCGUGCAUUGAAUAUAUUCGAAUAACGGUUGAUACGGUGGCUACGGCAGGCAACCGGUCGUCAGUGCGGAGCGAGCCGGCGGCGCUGCGGGGGACGCACGGGCACAAUAGGGGCGAGCGCGCUCGCUCGGGUGGGAAUGCGCGGUUGCAGUAACAUUUUUCUCGAGACAGCAUCGCCGUGGGAGACGGAGCAACUGAAGUCGGACCUUCCGCCGAAGCGAGUACGGCGUUAACAACGUGACACCGAUAAUAUCUCUGGGAGGCGAUGGCGCGCGGCACGUUUUCCGUUUCCAUCGGUUACUAUUGACUUUUUUUCUAAAACCGUCACCGCUAAAUCAUACGUCAGCCGCUCGAGAGUCGACAAAAAUUCGCUCCGACUUUUUUUUUUUUAACUGAUAAUAAUAACGUUCAAUUAAUAUUUUGAUGUUAUUGUUGUUGUUAUUAUUAUUAUUAUUAUUAUUAUUAUUGGCGCGUUCCCUCUGGAUAUGUUCAUCUCUUUAACACGUUAAGCUUCCGUCCGUGUGUUUAUUUACGUGGUGUCAGUCGCUGAAGAAUGUACCUGCUGGACGGUAAUUACCCGGAGAGACUGGAGCGGGGCACGCCGCAAAGGAAAACCGUGUACCGGAUCUCGCUCACGUUGGUGAAGAAGGAGAGCUUGCAAGACCGCGGCGGCGGCGGCGUCGCUGCAACGCACCGACGCCUGGAGAACCCCAAAAUAAGCGCGUACCGCAGGGAAGGCUCCGCUGAAACCCCGCGAGCUUGUCCUCUGGAGGAGGUCAAAGAAGUGGAGGAUGAAACAGACGAGUUCUCAUCCCACGCGCACAGGAACUUCCGGACGUUUAGCACGGGACAGCUCGAACUUGGCAGGCUGAAGAUCUCUCGCAAACUGCACGUCCGGACGGAUAGAGCGCCGGAGACGAACGAACCGGGCCCCUCGCCGGAGGACACCAGGGGCAGUGAAUCUGGGGACAGGAAUGUGCAGACACAGGAAAUGGAUGCCAGGGUUACACUGGAAGGGGAUGAUGGGAUUGAGGCAAGCUGUCGAGCAGCUGUCAGCGACGGGGAAAACACGGACACUAAACCGAAGCGCCUGCUUAAGGCCUACAGGAGGGCCAGGGACAUACCCACGGGGCCGGCAGCUUCCGAACAGGAGCCCCGGGAUAGCAGCCCGUCUCCGACUGAGCAGGGACCAGACACCCCGUCGGCCAAGCGGCACCCGAGUUUGCUUCGUCGCAGUUUCAGCUUCCGCCACUGGACGGGCGGGGAGCUCCUGCGUCUGCGCACGCUUUCCAAACAGAAGCACCACAGCAGCUCGGGCUGCCUGGGCCGCGAGGAGGCGGGGCCCGGGGGCGGGGCCCGGCCAGCCUUGGUCCUCCAGAACCUAGGCGCCUUCGACGGCCCCGAGCCAGGAGAGGGGUGUGACGGGCCGGACUCCCCGCCCGUGCCCGGCCGCCGGGCGCGGGCCAAGGGCAAGAACCGCACGCUGGACAACAGCGACCUGCUCCGGCUGUCCGACAGGUCGCUGCGGGACAGGGAGGGCUUCGCGCGGGAAUCGGGACCGCGCUCCAGCGGUCAGGAGCGCCGCCUGCUCCGUUUCCUCAGCGGGAUCUUUUCCAGGAAGGAAGGCACGUCUACGCCUGCGGGAAGCCCCUACAGCGGACGAGCCCUGUGCAGGGUCGGCUCGCCGGGCCCGCGGAGGAGGACGGCCCCUGCCGUCACGGAAAGCGUCAACGAAUUGCUGCACGACGAUGCCUUCGUGAACAGCCAGGAGUGGACGCUGAGUCGCUCUGUACCUGAGCUCAAAGUGGGCAUUGUGGGUAAUCUGGCCAGUGGGAAGUCAGCUCUGGUGCACAGGUAUCUGACGGGGACGUAUGUCCAGGAGGAGAGCCCCGAAGCUGACGUGGACGCAGGUGGGCGUUUCAAAAAGGAGAUCGUAGUUGAUGGCCAGAGUUACCUUCUCCUUAUCAGGGAUGAAGGGGGCCCCCCAGAGGCCCAGUUUGCAUUGUGGGUGGAUGCUGUGGUCUUCGUCUUUAGUCUGGAGGAUGAGUUCAGCUUCCAGACGGUGUAUCACUACUACAGCCGCAUGGCCAACUACCGCAAUACUGCUGACAUACCGCUGGUGCUCGUGGGAACUCAGGAUGCGAUCAGUGCAGCUAACCCUCGCGUCAUAGAGGACGCUCGUGCACGCAAGCUGUCCAACGACCUGAAGAGGUGCACGUACUACGAGACCUGUGCCACCUAUGGCCUGAAUGUGGAACGCGUCUUCCAGGACGUGGCACAGAAAAUCGUGGCCACCCGUAAAAAGCAGCAGCUGUCAAUUGGUCCCUGCAAGUCCCUCCCCAAUUCACCUAGCCAUGCCUCCAUCUGCUCCGCCCCCGUAUCUGCCGUACACAUCAGUCAAACGAGUAACGGCGGCGGCAGUCUCAGUGAUUACUCGUCCUCGGUGCCCUCCACUCCCAGUACGAGUCAGAAGGAGCUGCGUAUCGAUGUGCCCCAGACGGCCAACACGCCCACGCCAGUCCGCAAGCAGUCCAAACGCCGCUCCAACCUGUUUACGACCCGGAAGGCCAGCGACCCGGAUAAGGAGAAGAAGGGCAUGGAGUGGCGGGCAGACAGCAUCGGGAGCGGCCGGGCCAUCCCCAUUAAACAGGGAAUGCUUUUAAAAAGAAGUGGAAAGUCACUGAACAAAGAGUGGAAGAAGAAAUAUGUAACACUGUGUGACAACGGAGUGCUUACCUACCACCCUAGCCUACACGACUACAUGCAGAAUGUACACGGGAAGGAGAUCGACCUUCUGAGGACCACGGUGAAGGUUCCGGGGAAGAGGCUUCCCCGCGCCAUCUCCGCCGGACCGGGCCCCAAACCCAACGGCCUAGCCAAGGACAUGAGCAGUCUGCAGCUGGGCCAGCCUGCAGGCUCAGUGAGCAGUAGCUCCUCAGUGUCUCAGAUGGCGAGUGGUAUCAGUCUGGUGUCGUUUAACAGCCGGCCCGACAGCAUGCACCAGCGUUCCUACUCUGUCUCCAGCGCCGACCAGUGGAGUGACGCCACUGUCAUCGCCAACUCAGGGGUCAGCACAGAUACUGGUCUGGGAGACUCGGUGUGUUCCAGUCCCAGUAUUUCUAGUACCACCAGUCCUAAGAUGGACCCCCCUCCCUCUCCGCAUGCCAACCGCAAGAAGCACCGUAGAAAGAAGAGCACCAGCAACUUCAAAGCGGAUGGCUUCUCUGGGACAGCAGAAGAGCAAGAGGAAAACUUUGAGUUCAUCAUCGUGUCGCUCACGGGCCAGACGUGGCACUUCGAGGCAACAUCGUACGAGGAGCGAGACUCCUGGGUCCAGGCCAUCGAGAGCCAGAUCCUGGCCAGCCUGCAAUCGUGUGAGAGCAGCAAACAGAAGUCGCGUCUGACCAGCCAGUCGGAGGCUAUUGCGCUACAGUCAGUAAGGAGUGUGCGGGGGAACUCUCGCUGUGUGGACUGUGAGGCUCAGAACCCUGACUGGGCCAGUCUGAACCUGGGUGCUCUGAUCUGUAUUGAGUGUUCGGGGAUCCACCGGAACCUGGGCACCCACCUGUCCCGGGUGCGCUCCCUCGACCUGGAUGAGUGGCCCCUCGAGCUCAUCAAGGUCAUGACCUCCAUUGGCAACGAGCUGGCCAACAGCGUGUGGGAGGCUAACGCCCAGGGCCGCCUCAAACCCACCCCCGAUGCCACCAGGGAGGAACGGGAGCGUUGGAUUAGGGCAAAGUAUGAGCAAAAGCUAUUUGUGGCGUCGGCGGUGUGUGUGGAGCUGACCCUGGGUCAGCAGCUGCUGCGCGCCACAGCUGAGGAGGAUCUGCGCACGGUGGUGGUGCUGCUUGCCAACGGCUCACGCGAGCAGGUCAACGAGACGUGUGGAGAUGGCGACGGACGCACCGCCCUGCACCUGGCCUGCCGCAAGGCCAACGUGGUCCUCACACAGCUGCUCAUCUGGUACGGAGUGGACAUCAUGUCACGGGACGCCCACGGGAACACGGCACUGGCGUACGCCCGGCAGGCCAACAGUCAGGAAUGUGUGGACGUCCUGCUGCAGUACGGAUGUCCCGACGAACGCUACUCACUCAUGGCCACGCCCAACCUGUCCCGCAAAAACAACAACCGCAACAACAGCUGCAGCAGCGUGGGGAGUGCAGCCCUCAUCUGACACACACACACACACACACACACACACACACACACACACACAUACACACACACACUCACUUAUUCUUAUA